GCGUUGUUGUUGGAGAGCGCAUUGCGUGUUUGUAGGUGUUGCCUCUGUAUAUAUACCUUCCGUAGCCAAAUGGAGUCGUACCGGUCGACGACAGAUCCCUGUGCAGGCAAUGAUGGAAGAUUCCAGACCCAGGACAUGCGACAACAAGGAUCUGUCCCGUACUCCUCGCCUUCACCGGCGACUAUGCAGUCCUUCAGCGGACAGAUGCAGGAGGUUGUGCGUGCAGGGCGGAUUCAAGUGCCACCUGCUCGUGUGCCCUCUCCAUCUGUCCAUCAUGCGGAAGGUGCACGUCGGCGGUUCGUUGUUCGACCCACUGCAGACAGUCUGCAUGCGGACCCCGUGCACACGGGCCAGACAUCAUUUUGCACACAGGUUGGAGGCGGGUAUGGCAUGCCUUCUCCGCACAUGUUCCCGGGCGGCGGUGGAUAUGGCAUUGCUCCGCACAUGUACCCCACCCAGCACACUAUGGAAAGGGGCGUGGUGAUGAGGGACGAGUGGCAGUGGUCCCCACAGUGCCGACAACUGUCGCAGCCUAUGCAUGGCGGGUUGUCCGCUCCCUCGCCCAUGUCGGUGAGGCGGUCUGCUGCCGAGCCCUCACCUUCGAUGGCAGAUGUGCAAGGAGAGGAUAUGGAUAAGGGGUGGUCUGUCCACAGUGCAACUUCAUCGUCUGCCGGGUUGCAAGGUCAUUCCUUUGGUGGCGUAGACGAUGAAGUUGAAGGUGAUGGCGGUGACAUUGAUGGGCAAAACUCUGACAACGUGCAGGAGGCUAGGGACAGUGCUAGUGCUGGCCAGAGAGAUGGGGGCGAGAAUGUGGUUGGGCCCCGAAGCAGCAAGCGUGCAAACAAGCGGGGGGGCAAAGAUGGUGCUGCGAAAAACAAGAAGCAAAACAUCCCCUGGAGCUUGGAUGAGAGGAUCGUGCUGUCCAGAUUGAUGGUCGAUGAUGACGCCCUUAUGGCCGACGCCGACGGGCAGCAUCGGUUCAAGAGGAGGAAGGACCGAUAUGAGUGGGUGCACGAUCGGAUGGCGGAGCAGGGGUUUCCGCACAGGUCGGCGGAGGACUGUCAUAAGAAGUGGCAGGGCAUGCUGGCGGCAGCGAAGUUGAUUCUCGACAAAUCAACCCACAUCGACGGGGGCGGACUCGAACGCAAAAGGUUGUGAACAGAGGGGGUUGCAAGGCAGAAUGAACAAAACUUCAUAUA